CUCCAAUAAGAUAGUUAGCUCCAAUUUCAGUGUCCCUUCUUCCUCGUCUUGAGUGGAUUCAAAGUCUCGACUUCAAAAGAAAGAAAAAAAGCACCAUUUAUUAAGAUUGACACAAAAAAUGAUGACCACACAAUUCAUGAGAAACAUGAGAAAUUCAAUAAAGAUGAUUAUUCUCUUAGCUUCAAUCAUCUUCUUCUUGCAGAGUCCCGUUUUUGCCGGAAAAGAGGAUGAGCUGUUGGCUGGUCUGUGGAGCCGGGAACAGAUGGUGAAGUUGGCCGGUUAUGGAGAAGAUAAGCUUUCGACAGUCACGAUUGGCGGCAAACUUCUUUGCACAUCCGGUCGAGAUAACAAUCAUCCAUAUCCUAUCUCAGGUGCAAAAGUGUGUGUUUUAUGCAGCACAAGUGAGAGAACAAACAAAUCAUGGGCAAAAGGCAGCACAGAUGUUCAAGGGGAAUUCCUUAUAGACCUUCCCUCCAAUCUUCAUGCAACUCCCGAUUUAGAAAAAAAAUGUUCGGUUAGUGUUUUUCGAAUCCCGAGGAGCUCGCCAUGCUGGCGUGCCCUUACGAGAAAACUCGAAACGAUCAAACUCGUGUCAGCAGCCGAAGGUGUUCGUGUUUACACCACUGGCGACAUUUGUUUGGCGCCAAAAUCUUUAGACGAGCACAUGAAGGAGAGAAAGAAGACAAAACAUGCAGCAUUUGCUUUUUUGUGAUAAGACAAAUGGCACGUUUUCAUAGGUAACUCGGAUAUCGGGCGGUUGGCGCUUCUAGUCACGCUGAGAGAGAGAGAGAUGUAGUUUAUGAUUUUUCAGCUGUAUAUGUUUUUUGUUGAUGAAAUAAAGGUUAGAAAGAAUCCCCAAU